GUGACUUGAAUCAUAAAAGGAAUAUGUCAAGAAGUUAACUAGUAUCGGAUAACCAGAUCAUUGUUUUAUGUUGUUGUAUAUUUAAUUAUUUUAACUAUUACAGUUAUUUAUUGUUGUCUCUAAUGUUUAAAAAAUGUCAUUAUUUUUUAUUUAAACAAAGUUCAUGGAACCACUGGAAUCAUUAAAUUUGAGAACAGAUGAAUGUUCUUUUUUAGAAUCAGUUAUAAGUGAUGUAAGACGUUAUGUCGAUAAUUAUAUUCCGGAAAAGAAAGAAAUAGUUCUUGUAUUUCCACCCUUAAAUCCACGUAAACGUUUUUUGGUACAUUCAUUGAUUCAAAACUACUUUAAAGACUUGAAAACAUUAUCUAUUGGUAAUAGUUUUGGAAGACGCAACGUUGUUUACCAUUCAAGUUUAAGUUCUAUGAUAAAUAACGAAAAAAUGGAAUCAUUAGAAGAAUAUUCUGAUAAUUGUAGUACAAAUACAAUGGAAAAACUCUAUAAGACACCUCGAGAAAGAAAAGCUCAAGAUAAAUUGUUUAAAUCACUUAAGCCUGAUAAUAUAAAAAGUAGUACCAGAUCCUCCCAACGUAAAAUUAAUAAGCGACCAGAUAUACCAAUUUAUGUACCUAAACAACGUAGAGAAUCAUCAAAUAACUCUUUCAAUAAUAUUGAAUCUGAGUCAUCGGCUUGUAUGUUUCAAAAUGUUAUCAAGGUUUAUCAAAAAGAAAUUUGUACUUCUAAAAUGCAAUUAAGUAGAAAUUAUGAAUUUAGUUCUUCACCUAGUUGUCAAGAAAAUUCAAGCAAUUUAGAUCUAGUCUCUAAAUCUCUUCAAAGUUCCUGUAAAUUGUUAGGCCAAAUACCUGAAUCAUUUAAAGCAUGUACUUGUUGUAGUACUAAUAUAGAUUCAAAUCAAAGUUUGCCAUUGAGUCCAGAUGGGGAAUUAAUAUCAACUAAAGAGUUUUGUAAUGAAAAAGAUUGUACACAAAUUGUAAAUGAAUGUAAUUUGGAUAACUUAGUAGAAAACAAUGCUAAUAAUGUUAAAGUAUCUAAAUUAGAUGAGAAAACUAAUAAUGAAAUUGAUGAUAGUUGUUCAAUUGUUUCACAGAAUAUUUUAGAAUCAAUCAAUCUUAAAGAUAAUAAUUUGGCUUUAAAUAAUUUCCAAGAAGAAAAUGAAUAUUCCAACUUAAGUUCUAAACUAAUAGUUGAUGAAAUAUCAAAUAAUUUAGAAUCUAAAUCUAUUGAAAUAAAAGACAAUGUAAGAAAAUUUGAUUUAGAAUCUAAUUGUGAUAAUACAACUAUAUUAACCAUGGAACAUGAAUCUCUUUGUCCUAGUUUUUCAUUAGAUGAUAGUUUUAACAGUGAAUUAAUGUUAGAUAUCAAUGAUGACACAUUGAAUUCUCCAAAAAAAUAUUCCUCGAAAAUUGCGGAUGAUCAAAUUUUAGAAAAAGUGAAUAAGGAUUCUAUUAUUGAAGAAAAUUGCUUAGAAGCAAAAACUGAUGAAAAAAAGAUUAAGAAGAAAAAAAAGAAAAAAGUUCUGGAUGUUGAAGAAUGUAGUUGGGAAGAUUUAUUUGAUAAAGAAGAUGAGUACAUUCAUCCUUUGCUAAUGAAAGAGUUAGUAACAACAAUGGGUAAUGUUCAAGUAAAACGGGCUGAAGAAGAUUAUCGUAGUUAUCAAACAGUGGAAGAACGAACUGGUGAUGGAGAAUGUGUUAUUGAAGUUUAUGGUUUUUCAUCUCAACUCAAAACUGUUGAUCUAAUGAAUCAGUUUUCAGCAUUUCGUAAAAAACAUUUUGAUAUUGUUUGGGUUGAUGAUACGCAUGCAUUAGCUGUAUUUGAAAGUCCUAAUUUUGCUGAUCAAGCUUUAAAUACACCUUUUGCUUUGGUAAAAACUAGGCCACUUAAAGAUGCUAUUAAAGAAUCAAAACUCAAAGCUCAAACUAUUGCUCCUCUUCCAGCUACUAGACCUAAAACUUGUUCUGCAAUGGCUAGGCGGUUGGUUAGUAGUGCAUUAGGGUUAAAACUUAAUGUUUCUCCUGAAAUGUUAAAUGCUGAACGAACUAUGUUGGCCAACGCUAAAGAAAAAAAAAUUCGUGAUGCUCAACAAAAAAACAAGAUAUGGAAUGAAAAUUUGUGAUAACUUUUAUUUUAAUUUUAACCUUACAUGAUAUAAUUAAAAUACUUCUAAGAACUUAUUUAAACUAUUAGUGUUAAUAGUUUAACGUUAAUACAAAAACCUUAUUACAUAUAAUAUUUUAAUUUAGCUUUUAAAUUAUUAGAUUCACCAAAUGUUUAAAUUAUUGACUGAUUGUAAUUUUAUUGUUUUGUUUGACAGAGUUUUUUAAUUAUUAUUAAAUUUUUAUACUAUAUAUUAAGGAAAGUUGGUCAUGAAGCAUUGAAAGUUAAUUUUUUUUAAUUGUAAGUUACAUAAAAUUUGUAGUAUUAAAGUAUAUUUAAUAGAUUUAAUAUUAAUAUUUUUUUCAAUUUUAAAAUAAUUGUAAAAUGUGAAACUACAGCUAUAAAUUUAUAUUAGUAUAAAAAUAUAUAUUUAUAAUAUAACAUCAAAUAA